AUGACUGCUGGACACGACAUGUAUCGCCUCCUGGCGAGCGAAACCGACUCUGAGGACGAAGGGCCACCCCCAAAGAAGACCUGGGCGCCAUUCCGCACCGCGAUCACAGUCGUUCUGCUGACGACGAAUCUCCUGUUCGCCCUGGCUUGGGCUCAUGCUGUGAAGGGAUGUGACAACCGCUCUCGAUACGCAAAGCUGGAGACCAACCGGCAGGACACCUUGUGGUGGAACACCGAGUACAGCGGCCCCAACGACACGCUCGUCAGUCAGCUCUGGGACUCGGAAAUCCCCUGGGAGAGAGGCAUCAUCGCCAUCAGAAACUCUGAGGCCAAGGCGAUGGGUCUGCCGGACUCGCAGCCAUUUCCCUGGGACGCGGACAAGAGCAUCUACAUUGUCAACGCCCACCAUAUCCUCCACUGCGUGCGUAACCUCUACAUCUCCAUCCAGGAGUACCGCCAGGGCCGUUCGCAGAGCGUCACCUACCCCCAUCUCCUGCACUGCCUGGACACCAUCCGCCUCGAAACGCUGUGCGCAGCUGACGACACGCCGCGGUACGUGCCUCGCAACGCCAUCCACGGCUUCCGGCCCGGCGAUGGCCAGCAGCGCCGCUGCCGCGACUGGAGCCAGCUGGAGGCGUUUGUCCAGCGGCACGACCCGUGUUACAAGUACAUCCUCCCGGGGAACGACGAGAUCUCGAACCUGGAGCGGUUCAAGUACUGCCCCAACGACUCUCCCUACCUGCCCAAGAUCCGGGCCUACUUUGGCUAUGACGAUGACUGGGUGCCGUGGCCGUACCGGGAGCAGACUUCUUACAAGAAGAAGGCCGGGCAGGAUUAG